CUCGUUGUGCUCGAUGAUGAUCCAACAGGAACUCAGACGGUUCACGGCAUCUCUGUGGUGACAACUCAUUCCGAGUCCAUGCUACGAACACAGCUGAAGAGAAAAGAAAGCGGAUUCUUCAUAUUGACAAACACUCGUGCACUCCAUCAUGAUCAGGCCAAAGAUCUUCUUCAGGUGAUCUUGAUCAAUUUACGCGCCGCCGCAUCUAAAGAGGGCGUAGAGAUUGAAGUCGUCACAAGAUCCGACUCAUGCUUGCGUGGGCACUUUCCUCUGGAGCCAGAUCUUGUAAAUCGCAUGAUCGAUCCAGUAGAUGCAUGUAUCCUGGCACCGGCUUUUUUCGAAGGCGGCCGUAUCACAGUCGACGAUGUGCACUACGUACGUGAAGGCGCCAUGCUUGUGCCAGUUGCCGAUACGCCAUUCGCGAAGGACAAAGCUUUUGGAUUCCAGUCGAGCAAUCUCCGAGAAUGGGUUGUCGAAAAAUUUAAAAGAGAAAGAAAACAUGCUCCAGAAGUCACAAGCAUAAGCCUCGAAGAAUUGCGACAUCCAGAUGCGGUAUCUCAAAUUGCUUCCAAACUGGAGCGUCUCUCAAAUUCGGCGGCCUCGGCAACGGUUGGCAUUCCAUUGAUCAUCAUCCUCAACGCAGUCAACUACAACGAUAUGGCGACCUUCAUCGCAGCCAGAGCAAGAACCAAAGCCAGAUUUGUCUACCGAAGCGGUGCAAGUCUUGUUUCGGCGUACCUUGGAAUUGGGAAGUCGCCCCCGUUGUCACCGAAACGCUUAUUCGAAGCGUCCAAUACCAGUAGUAGAGGUGGCUUAAUCAUUGUUGGGUCUUACGUCCCUAGAACCACAGCACAGCUAGAGCACCUGUUGCAGAAGAAUGUGGAAACUCUAAAACACAUCGAACUCGAUGUCGAUGAGAUCCUAGCGGCUUUCCCAGACCAAAGAAUAGGCAUUGUGCGAAAUUGUUCACAUCUUGUGAAUGAUGCAAUCGCUGGAGGAGUGGAUGUUGUCGUGAGCACAAGCCGAAAGCUGGUUAGCAGUGAUGAGCCAUCGGAAAGUCUAAACAUGGGGAAGAUAAUUAGCGAGACGCUUUGCGACAUUACAAGACUUGUGGAGACUAAACCACGAUACAUCAUUGCUAAGGGAGGCAUCACUAGCAGUGAUAUCGCCACCAAGGCUCUCGGCAUUGAGAAAGCUACAGUGCUGGGCCAAGUUGCACCGGGCAUACCAGUCUGGGAAUCAAGCGAUGAUUGCUCCCCAAAAUGGCCAGGACUCCCAUAUGUAGUCUUUCCCGGGAAUACUGGAGAGGAUGUCACUCUAGGCGAUUUAGUGUGGGCUUUUCGC